AUGAAAAAUAUUCCCUCACCAUCAUCAUCAACAAUCAAACGUUCUUUUUAUGCAAAAAAAGUUCAAUAUCAAGAAAGAAUUGUCGAACAAUCAAUUUUGCCUCAGCAAACAACAACAUUAUCACCUACGUAUUUAACAGCCGAUAGGGGUUGGAAAACAGUAGCAACAUUUGUUGCUCGUAAACCCGGAAAUGGACAAAAAAGACAGGUAGAAAGAAAAAUGAAUUGA